AAUAAAAUAGAAUAAUAAUUUAUAGGUCCCUGUAGGGAGUAAUCUCUUUUUAAUUUCCAUCCCAUCUCUUUGCAGUCUGUGCUGCAAGUGAGAAGAAAAGAUAACUCACCCUCGGCUCACUCGUCCUCCGGGCGCCAUCUCAUUUCUUCUUCUAAUCGAUCUUCGACCUCUCUUCGGGUAGAACGGAAGAAAGAAGCCAUGUCUUCUCCCAGCAAGCGCCGUGAAAUGGACUUGAUGAAACUGAUGAUGAGUGAUUACAAGGUGGAGAUGAUAAACGAUGGGAUGCAGGAGUUCUAUGUUGAUUUCCAUGGACCCAAAGAAAUUACCUUGGAAGCUGGAAGAGGGAUGCAUCAAUCUCUGCCCCUUCUCACUAAUUUUCGGGAUUUUGACACUUGAAUUGACCUUGAAAUCCACCUUGCAGUCGGGAAGUUUCCAUGAUCUCUUCUUUUGUUCCUCUUUAUAUAGUGAUGCAGAACUUUGAUAGUAUUGAUGAUUUUAUGAAUUCUCAGUGAUGGGUGUCGUGUCAGUGCUUGUUUAGUUUCAAUUAGAGACUAGUUCCUGCUUUUCAUGUAUGGAUGUUUUGACAGGUCUCUAUCAAGGGGGUGUGUGGAAGAUCAGGGUGGAAUUGCCCGAUGCUUACCCUUACAAGUCUCCUUCCAUUGGAUUUGCCAAUAAGAUCUAUCAUCCAAAUGUAGAUGAAAUGUCUGGUUCUGUUUGCUUGGAUGUCAUUAACCAGACAUGGAGCCCCAUGUUUGAUCUUGUAAAUGUUUUCGAAGUUUUUCUUCCACAGCUUCUUUUGUACCCCAAUCCAUCUGAUCCACUAAAUGGAGAAGCUGCUGCACUGAUGAUGCGUGAUCGACCUGCUUAUGAACAAAAAGUAAAAGAAUAUUGCGAGAAAUAUGCAAAGCCCGAGGAUGCUGGAGCUCCUCCAGAAGAAGAUUCAAGUGAUGGAGAGCUGAGUGAAGAUGAGUAUGGUUCCAGUGAUGAGGAUGCAGUUCCUGGGAAUCCAGAUCCUUAAGCUGACAUAUCCCAUCUGAUACCCUACUUCCUGUUUGUAUCAGUUUCCUGUGUUAUUGUGUAGAUAAAUGUAUUUUGUGAUCAUGCUGUUUUAAAAUGGCUUGGUGAUCAAACUUCGAUUGGGCAUACAUGAACUGGGAUUAUGGAUCAGUUAUGUAACAUGUGCACAUAUGUCCAUGCAUGCAGUUUAACAUGCCCAUGGAUACUAUCUCUCUCUCAAAAAAAAAGAAAAGAAAGAAAAAAAAAAAAGAGUGAGGAAAGAAGGAGAAGUAUUCUAAGUUGGACUGAAAUCUGAGCGCAUAUUUGACUAUAGUGAAAAGAUACUAAAAGCUCCAGCAUGACAAGGUUUGAGUUU